UUGUGGCCUCCUCUAGGGACUGGAGACCUCCGUCUGACGGCUCCGAAACGCCCAGCCCGCAUUCUGCUCAGCCAGCACGCAACCCCGUCUCCCCCCAGCUUACGCCUCACUUCUGCCACCAUGUCCUGCGCGCCGCCCCUCGUCUUCGAGUCCCACGAGGAUCUCUCCGGGGCCAGAGUGUCUACUGCUAUUGAUCGAGACACCCUACUCCGCCGACGCCGACGCCAUUCUUCUUUUAUGCCCCAGCGACGACAUUCGCUAGUUCAGCAGAUCAUGGACGGCGAGGAAGGCUUACUGCUCAAGGUCGACUUGUUUCUCUCCGAGCUGGAGAGGAGACUCGAAUACCUCGAGGGCUACGGCGAGCUGAUCGAUCUCGACGCGAGCAUUUCCAAAACCUUUUCAACCCUCCAGACAGUGCGCGAACGAUGCUCCCAGGUCUCGGAGGAGGUCAUCGGCGCCGGUCGGCGCCGACUACACGUCAUGGUGGAAACCCUGGACACGAGAUACCACGAGGCCCUCGACGCGGCCGAGUCGAUGAACGAGAAGGCGAGGGUCGGCGUCGAGCUGCUCGACGCCAUGCUCACUGAUUUCGAAGCCCGCGUCCUCAAGUUCCGAGACCAGGGGCUUGCCGGCGCCGCCGACGCUGCCGAGAGCCUGAUGGGCGAAGGCCGGAGGGUCGUCGACGAAAGCCUUGAGCGUGCCAGGGGCGUCGUGGACGACGGUCUCGAGCGCGCCUGGCGUGCCGCUGAAUCCCUCGAGGAGCACGUCCAGAGCGCCAUCACGCGUGCUAGGGAGAAGGGGCUCCUCAAGUAUGAGGAGCUCCCAAUUCCUUGGAGAGUCAACCCCCAUAUCCUCAGCGGCUAUCGGUUCAGCGAGUCCAAACUCGGCUGCGUUCGAUCCGUGUUCGGCGUCUCCAACGAGAUGGUGAACAUCUGGUCUCACGCGCUUGGCUUUGUACUCGUCUUGGCCGUCGCCUUCUACUUCUACCCGACAUCGGCCAACUUUUCUCUCUACACCAAGACCGAUGUUUUUAUCGCUGCCGUCUUCUUCUUCGCAGCCUGCAAGUGUCUGGUCUGCAGCACCAUCUGGCACACCAUGAACUGCGUCGCCGAUCAAACCCUGAUGGAACGAUUCGCCUGCAUCGAUUACACAGGCAUCUCCUUACUAAUCGCCGCGUCGAUCAUGACGACCGAGUACACCGUCUUUUAUUGCGAGCCUAUCAGCCGGUGGACCUACAUAACCGCCACCGCUGUCCUCGGCAUCGCCGGCACUAUUCUACCAUGGCAUCCUAGAUUUAACGGCCAGGAUAUGGCAUGGUUGAGAGUUGGUUUCUUCGUAGGCUUAGGCGCCACCGGCUUCAUGCCCAUUUUCCAAAUCGUCUUGACGCGAGGAUCUGCCUGGGCAUUUGAGUUCUACACCGGCUCCAACUUGCUCAAGUCCCUCUUGGUAUAUGUCCUCGGAGCCUGUGUCUACGCCAGCAAAGUUCCGGAACGAUGGUUCCCCGGGGCAUUUGACUACUGUGGAAACGCACACAACUUAUGGCACCUUGCUGUGUUGGGAGGCAUCUUAUAUCAUUAUGUUGCGAUGCAGGAGUUCUUUUCCGGCGCUUUCCAACGCGCGCAAGAAGGGUGUCCGAAUUAUUAAACAGAGUCGCCGCUGGCUCUAGAGCGUAGUUACCCGGCUAUCUACACCUUGUCCCCCCUAGAGCUGAAUACAGGUAUCGAGACUACAUAUAGUUCAUACCCAAAGCGUCACCCGGCCACAAUACCCUUCAACAAGCAUUCCGACACAUAUUUUCUUCCCACGAUACAAAUUCAAGGCGAUGUAGCCACAACGCCAAUCCUCUCACGUAUGGUCGGGGGACCAGAUCGAAACACGCGCACCCCCAGCCGCGAAGUCACCCCGCUCGUAUCCCAUAUCUAUCCCCGGCUCGACAACACAGCCAAGGCUGGAGCCGAGGACAGCCGAGAAGAGAGGGCACCUUGGUGGCGGUGGGGGUGACACCGAGUACGCCGCGGGGAGGCAAAGCCGGCGUUUCAGGCGGACACCUCUAGGUUCUCUGCCUCGUCUGCGCUAUCAGGCGAACAAAUGCUCCGGGUCGAUCCACCCUGAGCGAGCACAUACCUCUGAGACAGCGGGUAUGAUUCAUCACGACGGAUAGGGAAAAAAUGUCACUUUUUCCCCCGCCCCUAUUCUCUCUGGCCGGGCUCCCCGGUCAUCAGAAUUCCGGCGUGACGGCGUCCCAUUUAGCUACCUCCUACAUAACGGGCAAGACGCGGACGUAUUUCCCCCGCCCGGGCGCGCAUCCUUUCUCAUUUUGAUUUUUUAC